GCUAGAGUAAAAGAGCUUCUUCUUUAAUAAUAUUGAAGUUAUCCUACAGGAAAGCGCUUUGAUCCUACAAGACAGCAGUUUGAUCCUGGUCAAUCCUGCUACAUCUUGACAGGUAGAGAGGCGAGGAGGUUCAACCGUGGGCACCAACGUGCAUAGAGUUGGUGCAAGCGGUUUUUGGAAUGGAGCAAUUGGCGCACAAGUGCAAUUAAUUAUGCUGUUCAGCCAACUUGGAGAUUCUGAAAGGGGCAGCCUGCCAUCAUGCUGGGAGUUGCGCGCGGUAGGGCCCAUUUGGUGAACGUUGUGGACCGGCCUUUGCCAAAGGGCAAGACAGAGGUAAACCUGAGUGCGUUCGCAUUCCUCUUCAGCGAGCUUGUCCAGUACUUCCAAACCAAGGUGAACAAUGUCAACGAACUUGAGAGGAAGCUAGAGGAGGCAGGGUAUGGGGUGGGCCUUCGAGUGCUGGAGCUCCUGUGUCAUCGGGAAAAGGCGAACAGAAGGGAGACCCGGUUACUCGGAAUUUUGACGUUCAUCCAUUCGACAGUAUGGAAGGCUCUCUUCGGAAAGCAAGCGGACUCUCUCGAGAAAGCGACAACUGAGGAAGACGAGUACAUGAUCAGCGAGAAAGAGCUCCUUGUAAAUAGAUUCAUCUCUGUUCCUAAAGACAUGGGCCAGUUCAAUUGCGGAGCAUACGUGGCGGGAAUUGUAAAGGGCGUGCUCGACAGCGCUGGUUUUCCUGCCAGAGUCACGGCGCACUUCGUCCCAAUCGAAGGCCAGCUCCGGCCGCGGACUACGAUCCUAAUAAAGUUCAGCCCAGAAGUCAUGCUUCGGGAGCAACGAAUGGGCUAGAAGGCCGGGCCCCGACAGCCAACGGGUCCCGUGUUUUAUCAAGGCCCCAAGGGCAUCCAACGUGAAUCAGCUGAGCUUGCUCUAAAGUUUUCGCUUGAGAAACAUGAGGAGUACGUGUGCCGCCAACUCUAUCGGGCCGAACACGUUUUCGAUUCAGGGGGAGAUUCAUCGACGAACCGUCUCAGCUGCAAUGCCUGCCACGGAGGUUAUCCACACACGAGACAUUGUUUGUAUACUGUCUGACUGUAACUUAGUGACUCGGCGACCAGGAUCAGCCAAGUCUGGGCAACACAGUCACAAUCUCCAACAGGCAUGCAAAACGCACUGGUUGCAUGUACGAUCGACGCACGGUACUUGCGAACGCGGAUCAGAACCUACCGUCGUUCUCCCAGUGAUUUUCUUGGGAAUGCAUCGGCACACGAAGUUAC